GGCCUUCAACACGGAGCUGGUGAAGAAGAUUUACUAGACGGAGUUGUGUGUGAAGGAGGGGCAGAGGAAGAUGGUGCCGUUGCAGAGAGUGAUGAUUUUGGAGGUCAGCCAGUAUUUGGAGAACUAUCUCUUUCCCAAUUUCGAUCCCGAAACGGCGAUGUUCGAGCACGUUAUGUCCAUGAUUCUCAUGGUCAAUGAGAAGUUUCGAGAGAAUGUGGCAGCUUGGGUAUGCUUUCAUGACCAGAAAGAUGCUUUUAACGUAAAUCGAGGUGCUGAUGAGGCCCAAACAAUUAUGAGGAGUUGGGUGACAGGAGGCAUUGUACCUUGCUUGUGCCGGCCCCAUUUUGGUGAUUGAUCACCAAGAGCUGGGUGGAAAAGGUGUCCAAGAUGUCAUCCAUGUCAAAAGCCAAGUGUUUGAGCUCAUCCAGCCACAGGUUCACCGUCUUGCUUGUGAGAGUUGCUUCUUCUCGGCAUCCUGCAGCACAGCUCCAAUUGCAGACAAAGUUGCACUGCAUUUCUUGGAAAUGACCGAAACUGAGCAAGUUGUGGGGGGGGUCAACUCAUCAAGCGCAACUGAAGAAAAGCCUCAAAGAAAAACACCUCCACCACCAUUUCUGCUGUCGAAGACUUCGGAUUCAAUAAGGCUUCCAAAUGAAAUUGUGUCCAUAGCUGUCGCUAAAAUUAGCAAGAAAGAAAGUUGAACUUCAAAGUCAAACUAGUUCAGUGUGGUGGGGUAGACCCGUAGUUGUCACAAUGGACCCAGAUCUUUGUUUUUUUUGUUUUUUUUUU